AUUAUGUGGGUUUGUACAUACACUAAGGUAGAAGAGUACUUGAAUUCUUAUCUACCCACCACCGAGUUGAUCAUUAUCAUACAUAUUAAGGAGUAUUCUGGAUUAAAAAAUCCAGAUGAAUGGAUGCAAAAAUAUACAGCCGUUGGGUAUGAAGAAAAAAUCGUCGAG